UGUCCUGUAUGUAAUAAAAUGUUUGCUUUAGCUAGAAAUUUAACUAUACACAUGAGGUCUCAUAGUGGAGAAAAACCAUAUGAAUGUCCCAUCUGUAAUAAAAGGUUUUCUAGAAAGGAAAACCGAAAGCAUCAUAUGAAAUCACAUAAUUCUACUAAACCAUUUAUUUGUCCAGUUUGUGGGAAAACUUUCACCAGGAAAUGUCAUAUAAAAGAACACAUGAGAGUCCAUUAUUCACAGGUAAGUCAUUUACUGUCAAGUUCAUGA